AAAUCCUUAGGAUAAUCAUCUGACAUCACUCAGAGGAGAAAAAAAAAAACAUACAUAUACACAUUAGUCAAAUAUGCAAUAACUAGUGAACAAAAUUACUAUACGACAAAAAGAACAAAAACAAAUAGGGAACGAAGAAUGUAAAAGCAACCCACGGAAAUAAGCCAGCGCCAAUGAGAACGCACUUGCCGGUUCAAAUCAAUAAAUCCAAUCUGACAUGCCUCAACACACACUCGCACAAAUACCACCACAGCAGUCCAUAUUUUCACUACAUAGAACAUUAAAAGGACUGGAAAGUGCAUUCGUAAAGGAAAGAAAAGAAAUAUUGAUGUUUUUUUUUUUCUUUUUAUAACACUAUCAGACUUAGCUACGCAACCACGUAGACCUACAUGGAAUGUAAAGCGUACAUCAUGAACUAUUUUAUCCAUAUUUCCAAAUCGUGUCGUCUCAUUUUAAACCUUUGUAACGAAAGGAUAGGAAGGUCUGAAGUGGUUUACGAGAGGAGGAGGGGAGAUAAAGGGAUAAGCACUGCCUUUGUUAACAAGAAAAAAAAAACUGGUCUUUAUUCCUUCUCAACGCAGUUCUUUAAAUAGAAAAAAAAACUUCUGAAACGGUUGACGGAAUUAAAAAAAAAUAUAUAUAUAAUGAUAAUAAUAAUAAUAGUAAUAAAUAAAAUAAAAUAAAUAAAAAGCGAUAAAAGAAUAACCGCACGCAUACAUAAAGCGGUCGCAAUGUCUACGAAAAGCGACGGCGUGUUUGGUUCGCGUCGCCAUGGCAACCGCGACUCCGAGGGGAGCGGAGCAAGGAGGAAGGGAAGAGAGAGAGUCGAGGUCUUGGCGUUGUAACUUGGCUCGUCUUGUGGGAAGGAUUAUUUGUGUGAAAAGAACAGUUUCAUGUAUAUAUCUACUUUUCGUGAUUGAAAAUGUAGAUGUAGUUGGUUUCUUAUGGGAUAACAGUGAUGCUUGGAACAUCCAUGGCAAUGCAAACUACCUGCGGAGUGCCGGCAGCCACUGCUUGUUGGCAGGAGGGCUAAAGACCUCGGCAGACCCCACUGGAGGUCUUUCAUCCCGAGGGUUAAGAUGCUCGCCUUCUCUUGGAGGGACUGACACUUUGACUGGGGGCGGGAUGUUGCAACAAUUGGCACUCCUGGCAGCAGGUGCCCAGCCGUGGCACCACAAUAUUUGCACUGCGCAUGGGAGGCGCUUUGCUUAUGCUGCAACACUUGCUAUAUAUGUGUAUGAGGUGGAAGAGGGCAGCAGUGACUGGCAGCUGUUUAGCAUCUUGGCAAAUCACCGCAAGACAAUCACGUGCCUUGACUGGCACCCUACAAAUGAAGACCUACUUGCCAGCGCUUCAUUAGACCAGCGUGUGUGUGUAUGGAGUGUCAGCAGUCAGAGUGUGCUUUGUACCAUAAGCAUCUGCAGAGUACCAACUGUGGUAGCAUGGUGUGUUGGCCACAGAGACCUUCUCUCCUUCUCCACCCAAAUUGGACCUGUUCAGCUGUGGUCAUAUGCAAAUAACAGUGAACCAUACCAGUACUUUGAGGAUUAUGGUUACUCUAGCCCCAUCAUUACAUACCGCUGGCACCCCACUGUCCCUGGGAGGCUUGUAGUGGGCCAUGAUGAUGGCAAAAUUACAGUCUACAGGGAAGACAGCGGAAAGUCGAGAUACUCAGCUUUUCCUGAAGGAGCAGAGGACAAUGAAGAUCACAGCCUUGUCACUCUUGAAUGGGACACUUGUUCUCCUGACUACAUAUUGAUUGCGUAUAGAGGUGGCUCUUUGUGGCUUGUGGAUAUCAACACAAUGAUGAUCAUCACAAAGUAUGUGAUGCCCAUUUCAGCCAGUGUUAACACCCUUGCCUGGCUGCCUGAUGCGCCCGGGAUGUUUGUGACGGGAGAUUCAGAGAAAGGUAUACUCAGAGUCUGGACUGUAUCCAAACCAACACCUAUUGAGAAUAUUGUCCUGAAAGACACUGGUUUCCAUGUCCUUUGUACAACAAGAGCUCUUAAUGCUGCAUGUCCCAGCAGUGACAAGCAGAACCAGAUGAUUGAACGUUCAAGUGAGAGGAAGGGCAUCAUGAUCCCCAAUGUCUGUGUUCUGUCACUAUUCAAAGAUGGGGGAGUUGGUCUGUACCACCUGAGGAGAAAGCAGUGGAUCUUUAACAGGGAACAUGGCCACACUGAAACGAUAUUUGACUGUAGCUUCAAGCCCGAGGACAGUGACCUUUUAGCAACAGGAUCCUUUGAUGGGUCAAUAAAGAUAUGGAAAAUUGACACCAUGGAAGCAGUUGACACAUUGCCCAAUAGGGACACUAUCAUCUACAGCUUAUCAUGGGCACCUGCAGACCUUAAUUGUAUUGUAGCAGGAACUUCUGGGGGUGAAGUCUUUAUCUGGGAUGUUGGCAAACACAAGAUCCUCCAAGAUAUUAUAUCACAUAAGGACAAAAAAGUGUUCUGUGUGGCAUGGAAUCACAAGGACUCCAGGAGAAUAGCCUCAGCAGGUGAAUCUGGAUACUGUUACGUGCACCAAGUGAGUGGUACUCUGGUGCACGACUAUCGACACCCUGGACCAGUGUACGGAUGUGACUGGCGUGAUGCAGAUAUCUUGGCUACAGGCUGUGAGGAUGGAAAAAUUAGAAUCUUUAAUGUUACCAAGAACAGAAAGGAACCUGUUAGUGAACUGAAAGCUCACUUGAAAAAGGUAUUUCGGGUAAAGUGGAACCCAGUUUAUGAAGACAUCCUGUGUAGUGGUAGCGACGAUUCGUCAGUGAGGAUAUGGUCGUACUCAAAAGCUCAGUGUCUGACCAUUCUCGUGGGGCACUCAGAUAACGUCCGAGGCCUGGCAUGGUGCCCAGAGGUGCCCUACUUACUCAUUUCGGGGUCAUGGGAUAGGACGAUGAGGGUGUGGGAUUGCUGAUAUGCCAAUUGCUUGAUGUUGUUUUUGGAC